AUCUCCCUCCUCAGGCCAUUUGGUUCUCUGCCAAACUUUCUGUAAUAAAAAGAGUCUUCAGGCUCUCUGAACAGACAGAAAAAGCAAGCGGGGAAAUCACAGCAAGAUCGCAAGUGCUGACUACAGGGAAUCACACCAUCUGAGAUUGGACCUUCAUAUUUACAGUCUAGAGGCCUGAAAAAUGAAGCCUAAAAUGAAGUAUUCAACCUCUAAAAUUUCUUCAGCAAAGCUGAACAGGAGAGGUGACAAAGCCCUGAUAAAAUCAUGCAGACAACGAAAAUGCCAAAAGAAGGCUGAAGAAAUCUGCCACGAGUACUACAUGAAGCUACGCUCUGGGCUUACCAUAAAAAAGAAAGCCUGCUACUUUAGGAAAGAAAUCACCAAACGAUGUUCACUAAAAACAGGUGGAACACACAAACAACAGUAUCAGCUACUUGCCUAUGAACAGCCUAUCAUGAAAAACUCUGUCCUUAAAGUAUAUGAGAUCCAAGAGCAUAAAGCAUCAGAUAUGCCAAGUAUUGGAGAAUCUUGUGCUUCCCUAAGUACAUACAAUGAUCAAUCCAUUAGUUUUGUUUUGGAGGAUGGAAGUUAUGUGAUCAAUGUUGAAGACUUGGGCAAAGACCAAGAAAAAGACAAGGUACUAUUGCGUUACUAUGAGUCUCAGUAUCCCUCAAGUGAAUCAGGUGACGGUGUUGAUGGCAAGCUGUUAAUGGUAAAUUUGAGUCCUACAAAAGACACAGACUUCUCGUUGCAUGCCAACAAGAAGGAGCACUCUGUGGAGCUCCAAAAAUGUGAAACCACAUUGCCAGACCAGGCUUUCUUUGUCCUUCAUAAGGAGUCCUCUGAAUUCGUUUCAUUUGAAUGUAAGAGUAAUCGUGGAACAUACAUAGGAGUAAAAGAUAAUCAUCUUGCUCUAAUAGAAGGAAAGAAUCCAAGUAGUGAGAAUAUCAUGUUUAAGCUCUCUCAGAUUUAAUAUGAUGGAAAGCUGUGGGUCGGGCAUGAGCAAUUCAAAUGCUGUCAUUGGAGUAGGGAUAAGAAUGCUGUAUAAGAUUUUUCUUAUAUGUGUAAAAAUAUUUUUUCUAAUCCUGAAGUUCUGUCUUUAUUUCAUUCUGUAUCACUACAAUGUUUAAUAAAAGUAUGAAUUCAGUAUUGACUUUAAAAAACCUUGCUGACUUUUAAAGAAUGGAGUCACAACAUAUGUUAGGGCACCCAAGUAGCAGGAGAUCCAAGUAUCAUGGCAGAGUGAAGUCCUCUAACCUAUGAGGACUGAAGAGAGACAUAAAAUUAACUUUUAAAUAUUAACUGGUAUACUAUGCAUGCUAUGCUAUACUAUGGCCUUCUGAUACUGGUUUCCAAAGAUCUAUGACUUCUGACAGACUCCAUCAUGCUGGAUAAAAUUUCUUCUAAUCUUUGCUUCUUGUGUGUACAAGUCUUCUUUUUGUCCAGCUUCUCAAAGAUUCUGCUCACUGUGGAAUUUAAUUUCUGUCCCUUCUUUAGUUAUUAUGACCAACAUAUCCUUAAUAUAUCUCUUGCACCUCAUUUUGUCUGACCUCUACAAGCUCUACCUGACAUUGUAAAAUUUUAUAUACACCUACUUAUAUACACCUACUGAAGACAACAUUUUCAAAAAAAUUUUAUUGAGUAUAUUGGUAGUUUUUAGGUAUACCUUAUGAU